UAUAUACAAUCCUCGCUCGCGCAAAUUCCAGAAAAGAAAGAAAAAUUAGAAACAAAAUCGAAAUGGGGAGAAGGAGGAUUAGGUUGAAAUUGAAGAGGAGGCCAAGAGAUCUGACGAAGAAGAAGACGAAGAAGGUUGGAGGAAUACUCUGCGACUUCUGCGGAUUCUCCACGAGGUACGAUCGAGAUCACACGGAGAGCGAGCUCAAGAGAUUACGUGUUUUGACCAGGAGAAUGACUGGAAAGGAUCUUGAUGGUCUGAAUUUCACAGAGCUUGUCUUUCUCGAAAACCAUCUCAGAGAAGUCGUGUUGCCCAUUGUGAAAAAGAAGAAAGAGCAGAUGGAGGAAGAUUUGGAAAGGUUGCGCAUACAGAGUGAAACAGUGGACGAGUAUGGUGGUAGGAUGAGAGUGGCUCCCCGCAGAUUCUCUAGCGGAAACAGCUCGGGAGAGGGACAAGUUGGUGAAGCAGCACCAAGGUCGAAAUUGCAGAUAGAGUUCGAAAGACGAAAGGCUGAAUCCAUGGAGAUGGAGUUCGAGAGGCUGUGGCUGCUGAAGGAGAGACUGAAUGGUAGAGAGUUGGAAGGUAUGACCUAUGCCGAGAUGGGUAUUCUUCUCCGUCAGAUAUACCAGGGGUUGAUGGAUUUGCGGGAACAUAGAUUUGGACCAACACGGGAACAACUCGACCAAGAGAAGAAGUUGCUCACUCCGAAGACGGUUCCCGGAGAUGUUCAUUAGGAUCAUCAGCAUCUUGUUCAAUCACCGCAGCUUUGUGCUCCAUAUCCGUCCUGUGUCUCACCUAUGGUUUCUUUCUUCUAUGUUAUACCAUCGUUAUUAAAACUCAAACUCGCAUAGCUGAUCCCAUUGCUUUUAAUGUUGGUUCCUUGAAAGUAUAUUGAUACUAAUUAGCAGUGGUGAAUGUAGGCCAAAGAUUAUGGGUGAAAGUGCACCUACUCUUUAAAAAUAUAUUUUGUAAGAACUUUGUUUAUAUUUUGCCAUAAUUUAAACAAAAACAGAGUUGUGAACUCA